AUGCUUGUCCAGCACAACGCCUACCGUGCACGCAACGGCGCUCCACCAAUGACAUGGGAUCCCGUUCUCGCCAAUUACGCGCUUGCUAAUGCGCAGCAAAACGCUGCUACCCGCAAUCUGCUCCAUACCUUCCAGCAGACCCCUGGUACGACUCCUUACGCUGGCUCGCAGACGUACGGUGAGAACAUUGGCUUCCAGUCUGGUGCCAAUAACCCACUCAAAAUCGUCUGGCUCUUCUACAACGAGGAGAGUCAAUACAACCGCGCUACCCCUGGCUUCCAGACCAAUGCUGGUCACUUCACACAGCUCGUGUGGGUCGGUUCGACAAGACUCGGUUGCGCUUAUGUUGCCACCAACGACGCCUCACAAACUGCGUACUACCUGGCUUGCGAGUAUGCACCGGCAGGCAACAUCAACUCACCUGCAGAGUUUACGGCCAAUGUCUUGCCAAACGACGGCUCGUCUUUCCCCACCGCCCCAGCAGACAACAUCUAA